AUGGGCAGGCCGGCGGCGCUCCUGCUCUGCCUGCUGGGCUGCCACGUCUGGAAGGCGGUGACCAAGACGCUGCGGGACCCGGGCGCCGCAGCCCAAGAAGUUACACUGAAGGUCCACAUCAGUGACGCCAGCACCCACCAGCCUGUCCCGGAGGCGCUCAUCGAGAUUUUCACCAACCAGGUCUCCAUCGCCUCUGGCACCUCGGGGGCAGAUGGCGUGGCCUUCAUCAAGUUCCAGUAUAAGCUGGGCAGUCAGCUGAUCGUCACUGCCACAAAGCAUGCCUAUGUGCCAAACUCUGCCCCUUGGAAGCCAAUCCGAUUACCCGUGUUUUCUUCGCUGAGCCUCGGCCUGCUUCCAGAACGAUCCGCUACUCUAAUGGUUUAUGAAGACAUUGUCCAAAUAGUCUCAGGAUUCCAAGGUGCCCGGCCGCAGCCUCGCGUCCAUUUCCAGAGGAGAGCGCUGCGGCUGCCGGAGAACACCAGCUACAGCGACCUGACCGCCUUCCUGACGGCCGCCGGCUCCCCCUCCGAGGCCGGCAGUUUCCCGUACCUGCGAGGAUUAGACGGAAACAGAACAGGAAACGGCACCAGGUACGACCUGAGCCCAGUCACAGCUGUCAGCGUGCACUUGCUCAGCAGUGAUGGAACGCCGGUGCUGGUGGAUGGCCCCAUCUAUGUCACCGUGCCCCUGGCCACACAGAGCAGUCUGAGGCACAAUGCCUAUGUCGCAGCGUGGCGGUUUGACCAGAAGCUGGGAACGUGGCUGAAGAGUGGCCUCGGCCUCGUGCACCAGGAGGGCAGCCAGCUGACGUGGACGUACAUUGCCCCUCAGCUGGGGUACUGGGUGGCAGCCAUGUCUCCCCCCAACCCAGGUCCCGUUGUCACACAGGACAUUACCACAUAUCACACGGUGUUUCUUUUGGCCAUUUUAGGAGGAAUGGCUUUCAUACUUUUGGUUUUGCUGUGUCUCCUUUUAUAUUAUUGCAGGCGGAAGUGCUUGAAACCUCGUCAGCACCACAGGAAGCUGCAGCUCCCUGCCGCCCUGGAGAGUUCCAAAAGAGACCAGUCCACCUCCAUGUCUCACAUCAACCUGCUGUUUGCCCAUCGGGAGUCGGAAUUCCCGGGCCCACUCUCUGUGACCAGCCACAGCCGCCCGGACGCCCCGGGCACCAAGGAGCUGAUGAGCGGCGUCCGUUUGGAAAUGAUGUCCUCCAGCGGAGAGGUGGACCUGCACACCCCCAUGCUGAAGCUGUCCUACAGCACCUCCCAAGAAUUCAGCUCUCGCGAGGAACUCCUGUCUCAUAAGGAAGAGGACAAAAGCCAAAUCUCCUUUGAUAACCUGACCCCGAGCGGGACGUUGGGAAAGGACUACCAUAAAUCCGUGGAGAUUUUCCCCUUAAAGUCCAGAAAGUCUGUGGAGAGAGAAGGCUACGAGUCCCCGGGCCGCAGCGACUACCGGAGGAGCUACAAUGCCAUGCUGUCACAGCCUUUAUUUGAGAAGCAAGACCGAGACAGUCAGGCCUCCGUCAACCGUAUUUCCACGGGAAGUAAGCUCACCAUUCAGGAACACAUGUACCCCGCACCUUCCUCUCCCGAAAAGGAGCAGCUGCUGGACCGCAGGCCUACUGAAUGUAUGAUGUCACGAUCCGUGGACCACCUGGAAAGACCCACGUCCUUCUCGCGGCCUGGCCAGCUGAUCUGCUGCAGCUCCGUGGACCAGGUCAAUGACAGCAUCUACAGGAAAGUGCUGCCGGCCUUGGUCAUCCCCGCCCACUACAUGAAACUGCCUGGGGACCACUCCUACGUGGGCCAACCGCUGGUCGUUCCGGCAGACCAGCAGCUUGAGAUCGAAAGGCUGCAGGCCGAGCUCUCCAGCCCCCACGCGGGGAUCUUCCCACACCCCUCCUCGCAGAUCCAGGCCCAGCCCUUGUCGUGCCAGGCCAUCUCUCAGCAGCACCUGCAGGACGCGGGCAGCAGGGAGUGGAGCCCGCAGAACGGGUCCAUGUCGGAGUCUCUGUCCAUCCCUGCAUCCCUGAACGACGCGGCCUUGGCCCAGAUGAACAGCGAGGUCCAGCUCCUGACCGAAAAGGCCCUGAUGGAACUGGGCGGCGGGAAGCCACUCCCGCACCCCCGGGCCUGGUUCGUCUCCCUGGAUGGCAGGUCCAACGCGCACGUUAGACAUUCUUACAUCGAUCUCCAAAGAGCCGGGAGGAACGGAAGCAACGAUGCCAGUCUGGACUCCGGCGUGGAUAUGAAUGAGCCAAAAUCUGCCCGGAAGGGAAGGGGAGACCCUCUGUCUCUCCCACAGAACCACCCGCCCGUCCAGGAGCACCCUCAGAAGGAGCCGAGGGUGGCGGACGGCACGGCCUACACGCAGCUCGUGUACCUGGACGACAUGGACCAAAGCGGCAGCGAGUGUGGCACCACCGUCUGCACCCCCGACGACAGUGCCCUGCGGUGCCUGCUGGACGGCUCCAGCCGGAGGAGCGGCGGCCAGCUGCCCAGCCUGCAGGAGGAGACGACCAAACGGACUGCGGACGUCCCCACCGAGCCCCUGGCCAGCCCCGACCAGGGAGGGUCCGCUCCGGAGGACGAUGAUGACGACGAUGAGGAUGACCAAGGAGAGGACAAGAAGAGCCCUUGGCAGAAGCGGGAAGAGAGACCCCUGAUGGCGUUCAACAUUAAAUGA